AGAGAGAGAGAGAGAGAGAGAGAGAGAGAGACAGCAGUAUUUACUCCGGAGAAACGCCAGACUCGUCGCCCGCGCCGCCAGCAUGCAGGAGGUGAAGGAGCCGGACCCAGAGGAACCCCCGGCCGAACCGAGCACUCACGACACCAUAGAGAAGAUAGAGGAGGUUCUUCCAGCGGACGCCUCACAUCACACAGAAACUCAUACUGAGAGUUCAGGCAUCGGCACAGAGAAGUCGUCCAGCCCUGACAGCGAAACCAACCCGCUCAGCUCCAGCAGCUCCAACGAACAGGUCGUGCCGAAUGUCCUGAAGGAAAGUUCAUCUGAAGGCUUGGACGAGUUACAGUCCCCGAAUACCCAGCCAAUUCCCGAAUCCUCCGUCGAAAAGGAAGGUCCUACGGUCCUACCCCCCCACCCUGAGGCCAGCGUGACCUCUGACCUCGAGAAACCCAAGGACCAAUCGGUUCACUACGGCACUCUGAACACUCACUCCCUGACGCUCCUACAUGGAUUCCCGUUCCAUCCCUCGUUUCCCAGCGUUCCCACCAGAAACUACUUACCGGAAAACUGCUACACGCUCCCGCUCCCGCUCCACCGGGACAGCUUUACUCGAGGCGGCGCUUCAAAAGCAGAGCAUGAUGGGAUAGAUAUUCUCUCCGGCGUCCAUCACAUGAGGCAGAGUUUGGACCUCUCGGAGGACGGGCAUCUCGGGCCGGUUCCUCACGCGUUCCUGCAGGAUCUGUACCGGACGUUCAUCCCUGGGAUCCCGCAGAAACGGGCCAGCAUGGUGAGCCUGGACACCAUCCGGAAAGACCCGCGCUGGAGAGACCCGAACCUGAGGGACGUGAUCUCCAUGCUGAGCCACCCGAUGGACCCGGUGAAGUCCAACGCCGCGGCGUAUCUCCAGCAUCUCUGCUACGAGAACGACACGGUCAAGCAAGACGUCCGGCAGCUCCGAGGAAUCCCGGUUCUGGUCGGGCUCCUGGAUCAUCCCAAACCCGAGGUGCACCGCAAGGCCUGUGGAGCGCUGAGGAACAUCUCCUACGGCAGAGACAACUUCAACAAGGUGGCCAUCAAGAACUCAGACGGCAUUCCUGCGCUGCUGAGACUGCUGAGGAAAUCCAACGACGCGGACGUCCGAGAACUGGUCACAGGAACGCUGUGGAACCUGUCGUCUCACGAGCCUCUGAAGAUGAUGGUGAUCGACCACGGCCUGCAGACGCUGACGGACGAGAUCAUCAUCCCUCACUCGGGCCUGAGAGGAGACCCGAACGACCCGGCCCGGCCCGGGGAUCCCGAGUGGAACACGGUCUUCAAGAACACUUCUGGAUGUCUGAGGAACGUGAGUUCAGACGGAGCCGACGCUCGACAGAGACUGCGUGUGUGUGAGGGUCUCGUGGACGCGCUUCUGCACGCGCUUUAUUCUGCCGUCGCAAAGAGAGACAUCAAUAACAAAUCGGUGGAGAACUGUGUGUGUAUCUUGCGUAAUCUCUCCUAUCACGUGCACAAGGAGGUUCCCGGAGCCGAGAAGUUCCACGUCCAAGCGGCCAAUCACAGCGCGAGGUCAGGAGGUCAUCAUAAGAAGAGGGAGGAGCCAGACUGCAUCACUGGACGGACCAGCAAAGACGAAUGGUUCCAUCAGUGUAAACGACACGGAGCCGUAGAGAAGAAGAGCCUGGAUCUGCCCAGGAGGAGUCUGCCGAUGAAAGGCCUGGAGCUCCUGUACCAGCCCGAGGUGGUUCGCCUCUACCUGUCGCUCCUCAAACUGAGCCAGAACCAGAACACCCUGGAGGCGGCGGCCGGAGCGCUGCAGAACCUGUGUGCCGGACACUGGGCCUGGUCGAGUUACAUCCGCGUGACGGUGCGUAAGGAGAAGGGUCUGCCGGUGCUGGUGGAGCUGCUGCACUCCGACGCAGAUAAAGUGGUGCGAGCCAUCGCCAUCGCGCUCAGAAACCUGGCCAUCGACCACAAGAACAAAGACCUCAUCGGGAGCUUCGCCAUGAGGGAUCUGGUCAGCAAUCUUCCCUGUGGGCAACAGAGACCCGCUAAAAACCUGGAGGGAGACACGGUGGUGGCCGUCCUGAACACAAUCCUGGAGAUCGUCUCGGAGAACCUGGAGAACGCCAGAUUCCUCAUCCAGGGACAGGGAAUACAGAAGCUGGUGUCAAUCAACAAAACAAGCCAAUCAGUGCGCGAGACCAAAGCGGCGUCACACAUCUUGCAGAGCGUCUGGGCCUAUAAAGAUCUCCGACACACACUGUUCAAGGCCGGCUGGAACAAAACACACUUCAAGCCAGCCGUCUCCGGCCUGCCCAAAAAGCAGAAGAACGCCAAGCAAGGGAGCGAUGACAUCACACUGCCCUUAAUGGAGAAAAACCAAGAUGGAUACUGCUCCGUUGAUCAGGCCGAGAGAGCCGGAGACGCUCCGUGUCACAUGAUCGAACGAGAAACUUUUCAGGGUGUGUGUGAUAAGAGGCCUUUCAUCAGGACCAGCAGGCCAGCAGUGGGUUUAGUGGAGCGAACGCCUCAACCACUCGACUCAUGGGUCUGAUCCGGCUCACGGUUGCAGAUCCACUUUCAGACUUG